AUCACUUUUACUGUUAUAGUAAAUAGUGAAUUGUAUGAAAUCACCUUCACGCUCUUUGUUCAGCCGGCUCUGACGGCUACGCUUUUCACUCACUCACUCAGAUUAGAUCUAAUCUCAUCUCUUGCACUCCAAUUCGCAGGUGAAAAUGGCAGAAUCAAAACCAGGAUUGAGGAAGCCUGUAUUCACCAAGGCUGAGCAGCUCCGCCCAGGCACUGGUGGUCAUACUCUCACUGUCAAGGUUGUUAGUGCGAAGAUGGUAUUACAGAAGGGUCGAGCUGAUGGUCCUCAAGGACGCCAAAUGAAAAUUGCUGAAUGUUUGGUCGGGGAUGAGACUGGAUUGAUUAUCUUCACUGCUAGAAAUGAUCAAGUGGACUUGAUGCAAGAGGGUACUACUGUGAUCCUACGCAAUGCGAAAAUCGACAUGUUUAAAGGAUCAAUGAGGCUUGCUGUGGACAAGUGGGGGCGUGUUGAAGGCACUGAACCUGCUGAUUUCACUGUGAAGGAAGAUAACAACCUAUCGCUGAUUGAAUAUGAACUUGUAAACGUCGUUGAAGAAUGACUUGAGAAUGGUGUUUGCUACUCAUCUAUGACAGGAGAAUAAAAAACAACUCCAGAAAAAGCAAAUCACUGUUAGAGGACAUGUUAAACCCAAAAUGCUUGUGUUCAUUUAGGAAAGAGUACAUCUGCAAGCUAAUACCGCUCCAGUUUCUUUUCCCAUAAAUCCAGCAGCAGCCUUUGAUUGGACUUCCAAACAGAUGGUAAUGGCUGUAAACCAAUGAGUUCAAGCAGCUUCCGUUUGGAACUUGGUUUUGGUUUGCUUACUCCCUUUUUAUUUGUGAACAGUUGUUGAUCUUGCACUACUUUGUCAUGAUACAUAAAAAAACGAUCGAAAGUAUGUUCGGUUCUUGCAUGCUUGAUCUUUUUAA